AUAAAGAGGAAAAUGGAUUCGAAAGAUAUAGAUUGAUAAUUUGAUACGACGUUCAUGAAACGCAACAUCAACUUCUCAUCUACAAGAGUCUCAAGAGAGAAGCUCCGGUAAACGAUGAGGAAUAGCUUGAGAAUUACAGAGAAUUCUCAAGUAGUAACAGAGAACAAAAUGAAGAAGAAGAUACAAUCUCAGAUUUUAGCAUAAUGAAGUGUCUUCAGCUUCUUAUUGACCUCAUUCUUCUGUUCUUAAUAUUGACCGUUGCUUUUAAUCUUCAAUUACCACCGUCCACGUGUCACUCAUUUAUCACCAUCCUUUUCCUAUAUCAGUAAUGUAUAAACACCAACUCUUGUGAAAAUGUGACAGAAGAGAGAAUUGGAAAGAAAAUGAAAUGUGAAAGGAAAUGAAAAUAUAUCACAAAAUGUGAAAGUGUCAACAAUAAAAACGCUCGAAAGAGUUUAAAAAUUGUGAACAUAUUGUGAUGAAUCAUCAUGAGCAGUGACUUCAUACUUGAUAUUACGAGUGAGAGGCCACUAUAAAAAGCAGGCGCGUCCUCGAAGAAGAAGAAGAAGAAGUAACAAAUUGGUGGAAAUCAGAAGUUGAAUCGGAGAAUAACAACGAUGACGACGAACAAGCAGGUCAUAUUCAAAGACCACGUGAGUGGUUUCCCUAAGGAAUCCGAUUUCAAUUUCACCACCACCACCGUCGAACUUAGGGUUCCGGAAGGUUCUAAAUCGGUUCUUGUGAAGAAUCUCUACCUGUCAUGCGAUCCUUAUAUGCGGUCUCGCAUGGGGAAACCUGAUCCCUCCUCUGCUCUUGCUCAAGCUUACGCUCCCGGCAAGCCAAUCUAUGGGUAUGGAGUGUCUAGAGUGAUAGAAUCUGGGCAUCCAGAUUACAAGAAAGGUGAUUUACUCUGGGGAAUAGUUGGAUGGGAGGAGUAUAGUGUUAUUACACCAAUGGCUCACAUGCAUUUCAAGAUCCAACAUACAGAUGUUCCAUUAUCCUACUAUACUGGACUUCUCGGUAUGCCUGGUAUGACUGCCUAUGCUGGGUUUUAUGAAGUUUGUUCUCCAAAGAAAGGAGAGACAGUUUAUGUGUCAGCUGCAUCUGGUGCGGUUGGUCAGCUUGUGGGACAAUUUGCUAAGAUGAUGGGCUGUUAUGUUGUUGGAAGCGCUGGAAGUAAAGAAAAGGUUGAUCUCCUGAAGACCAAGUUUGGGUUUGAUGAUGCAUUUAACUACAAGGAAGAAUCUGACCUUAGUGCUGCCCUCAAAAGGUGUUUUCCCAAGGGCAUCGACAUGUACUUUGAGAACGUAGGAGGCAAAAUGCUAGAUGCAGUGCUCUUAAACAUGAACCCACACGGGCGUAUCGCUGUCUGUGGAAUGAUCUCACAGUACAAUCUUGAAAAUCAAGAAGGUGUACACAACCUAUCCAAUAUCAUCUACAAACGAAUACGCAUUCAAGGCUUUGUAGUGGCUGAUUUCUACGACAAAUACCCAAAGUUCUUGGAGUUGGUGCUUCCGCGCAUUAAAGAAGGGAAGAUAACGUAUGUGGAAGAUGUAGCUGAUGGGCUCGAGAAAGCUCCUGAAGCUCUUGUGGGGCUUUUCCAUGGUAAGAACGUUGGGAAACAAGUUGUUGUUAUUGCUCGUGAGUGAAGAAUACUUAUUUGGGAGUAAUGUCUUAUUGCGCGUGAGUGAAGAAUACUUAUUUGGGAGAAAUGUUAUAUUUAUCCAACAAGAGUUGGUAUGUCUGUUGAACCCAACCGUGAGUUUUUGGUUUAUGAAUAAUACUAGUAACUAUAAUAUAUAGUAAUGUGAAUCUGUUUGUUAUUCGUUUUAUGUGGCUUGUUCAUAAAAUGUAUGAAAGUAAUAAUAACAAAUAACGACAAACCUCUCUCACAAAUGAAAAAAGAAAAAAGAGGCUAAAUAGUAAAUACAAACCCAGAGCCUAAAUACAAACCCA